AUGUCGUGGAAGAAAACCGUCUACAAAAGUGUCCUCCUGUCCUUUGCCCUGGUGGUUGCAGUGACUGUCCUACAGAGAGGCAUGACGCCCACUCAGUUCUUCCAGGGCCAGCAGCAGAAAGAUCUCCUUCCCCAGGAGCCCAUGAAAGCUCAGAAGCGGGACAGCGUGAUCUCCGUCGCCAGCAACUUCUGGAAGAAGGCGAACCCGGCGACCAAGGCUGCGGAAGUGACGGAGAAGCAGGUGAGCUCAUGGGACGUUACCACCAUCAACUGCACAGCCAACCUCAACUUCAGCAAGGACGACUGGUUCAAAGGCCUGGAGCCCAACUUCCGUCAGUUUCUGCUGUACCGGCACUGCAGGUAUUUCCCCAUGCUCAUCAACCACCCGGAGAAGUGCAGCAGCGACAUCUACCUGCUGAUUGUGGUGAAGUCCAUCAUCACUCAGCACGACCGCCGGGAGGCCAUCCGCAGGACCUGGGGCCAAGAGAAAGAGUUGGACGGCAAGAAGAUUCGGACCUUGUUCCUCUUGGGUGUCGCCUCCAAGGAAGACGAGAGGGCGAAUUACCAGAAGCUUCUGGAAUACGAGAACCACAUCUACGGGGACAUCUUGCAGUGGGACUUCUUGGACAGCUUUUUCAACCUCACCCUCAAGGAGGUGCAUUUCCUCAAGUGGUUCGACAUCUACUGCGACAACAUCCGGUACGUCUUCAAAGGUGACGACGACGUCUUUGUGAGCCCCGGUAACAUUGUGGAGUUCUUGGCGGACCAGAAGGAGGGCGACCUGUUUGUGGGCGAUGUCCUCUUCAAGGCCAGGCCCAUCCGCAAGAAGGAGAACAAGUACUACAUCCCCAACGCCUUGUACAACAAGAACAACUACCCGCCCUAUGCGGGGGGCGGCGGAUUUGUCAUGGACGGACCGUUGGCCAAGAAGCUCCACCGAGCCUCUGAAACCCUGGAGCUGUAUCCCAUCGACGACGUGUUCUUGGGCAUGUGUUUGGAGGUCCUUAAGGUGAAGCCCGUGGCACAUGCUGGCUUCAAAACCUUUGGCAUUGUGAAGAACAAGAACAGCAAGAUGAACAAGGAGCCCUGCUUCUACCAAAGCAUGCUGGUGGUCCAUAAACUCCUUCCGCCGGACCUGCUGCUAAUGUGGGAUUUGGUCCAUAGUAACUUGACGUGCUCCAGAAAACACUACGUCCUUUAG